UAAGCGCGUGUUAGGAUCCGGCUGAACACGUGGGCGUGUUUAGUUUUUUUUUUUAUAGUAACAUAAUCCACGAUUUGUACACAGAUGCAGCAGACAUCAACGGGGGGAAAGCUACACGUCUGUUUGGAUAUACUGUGUAGAAUGUUUUUUUUGUUUGUUUCGUUUCGUUUGACUUUUCACUACCAAUGACCAUCAGGACGCUUCAUUGAUGAGAACGAAGCAACAGAUGACAGCAGAGUGAUCAGCCAGCACACACUAGGCUCUGCAGACCUUUCUGUCAAUCAAAAGGUCUAACUGGAGCAGAGUGACGCCUGUUGCGUCGCGCUCUAAACAGUCCCACCAUUUCCUUCUUGUGUUGGUCUCCGUGAGAGUUUCAAAACUGUUUCUCCAACGCUUCUUCCAGAAACUCAGACUGUUUUCCAAAGCAGAAGCAGCACAGCCCUCCCAGACAGAGGUGAUGGGAAGUGUGCGGGCUAACCGCUACAGCAUUGUGUCAUCAGAGGAGGACGGGAUGAAGCUGGCCACUAUGGCGGUGCACAACGGCUAUGGAAACGGGAAGAGUAAGGUGCACACUCGGCAUCAGCCCCAGAGCAGGUUCGUCAAGAAGGAUGGACACUGCAAUGUACAGUUCAUCAAUGUUAGUGAGAAGGGUCAGCGCUAUUUGGCUGACAUUUUUACUACUUGUGUGGACAUUCGCUGGCGCUGGAUGCUCGUCAUCUUCUGCUUGGCAUUCCUGCUCUCAUGGCUCUUCUUCGGAUGUAUCUUCUGGCUGGUGGCCAUCUUCCAUGGAGACCUGGAAGGCAACAGUCCAAAAUGUGUAUCGAACGUGAGCAGCUUUACUGCAGCAUUUCUUUUCUCCAUCGAGACACAAACCACCAUUGGCUAUGGCUACCGCUAUGUGACAGACGAGUGUCCCAUUGCUGUCUUCAUGGUGGUCUUUCAGAGCAUCGUGGGCUGCAUCAUUGACGCUUUCAUAAUCGGUGCAGUCAUGGCCAAGAUGGCUAAGCCUAAGAAGCGAAACGAGACAUUGGUGUUCAGCCACAAUGCUACUGUGGCCAUGAGAGACAACAAGCUGUGUCUAAUGUGGAGGGUUGGCAACUUACGCAAGAGCCAUCUGGUAGAGGCCCAUGUUCGGGCUCAGCUCCUAAGAUCUCGUACUACAGCAGAGGGGGAAUACAUCCCGCUGGACCAAAUAGACAUUGAUGUGGGCUUUGAUAGUGGCAUUGACCGUAUCUUCUUGGUUUCCCCAAUAACCAUUGUCCAUGAGAUUGACGAGGACAGCCCUUUUUACGACAUGAGCAAGCAGGAGCUAGACAAUUCGGAGUUUGAGAUUGUGGUGAUCUUAGAAGGCAUGGUGGAAGCAACAGCCAUGACAACUCAGUGCCGUAGCUCAUAUCUGGCCAGCGAGGUCCUCUGGGGACACCGCUUCGAGCCAGUCUUGUUCGAGGAGAAGAACUACUACAAAGUGGACUAUUCACGCUUUCACAAGACCUAUGAGGUGCCCAGCACCCCUCUGUGCAGUGCCAGGGACCUUGCAGAGAAAAAAUACAUCCUUUCCAAUUCCAAUUCCUUCUGUUACGAGAAUGAGGUGGUGCUUCCGAACAAAGAGGAGAAGGAGGAAGGAGACGGGGGUGGACUGGUGCCCACGAGCACACACACUGACACUGGCUCAGACUCUGACCACAAUCAAGCCAGCGUUCCCUUAGAGUCACGGCCGCUGAGGCGAGAAUCAGAAAUAUGAUUGUAUAGGCCUCCUGUGAAAAGUCCAGUAAUUGCCUGUUGAUCAAAUAGGCACAUUGAGCUGAACUGGGGUCCUGGAUGGAUGCAGACUUAAGCUGACGGUACAGCUGCAAGGAGAGGUUAAGAGAUGAACAAGAGUGUUCAUGAUGAAUAUAUCCAGUUUAUAAAGAGGCAUUGCACUGAAAACGAGUGCACAUAAAGGGGAGGGUGGGUUUAUCCAGUUAUGCAACACUACCUUUUAGACCAUUGCUCUUCGAAGGCACACAGUGGAGAGGAUGUAACUGCUAUGUAAAACUUGAAAAUAUCGGGCAUGUCUUCCUAUGCAUUUGUCCAGCAGUGGCAGAUCGAUAUGAAUAGGCUAUAUAAAAGAGUGUUUUAGUGAUGCAUGAAUGCUUUCAAAUCAUGUAUUGUGGUUUAUACAUAUGUUGUUGAGGGAAAACGACUCUUACUGACAAUAACGUGUGCAUGUUUACCUUAACUUAUGCCUUGUAUUACUUAGCCAAGCAUCUCUGAUGUAGAACAUCUUUACUGGCCAGAUAGGGCGGUAACCUAAUGAAAGCUUUACACCUGUUCAGUACAGACAGAUGUAAGUAUAGAUAAAUGCCUGUGUUUAUUGGGUCCAAUCAAAUAGAUAUACAAGUCCAUUUUUUUAACAUAAAACUGAUGAACAUUGGCUAAUCUAUUCUUUAAUGUUUUAACAUUUGUACCACCUGUGGUUAGCAUGAGUCCAAAAGCUUCGGUUGGGGUCAAAGGUAUUGCUGAAAUAGUACUGUUGGGGACUUCUGAUUUAGGGGUGUGUGUGUGAGUGUGUGAGUGUGAGUUUGUGACCCGUGGCCACAAUACAAACAGUUUACUUGCUAUUAAUGUAACGAGUAGUUUGCUCUGCGUGGGUCAUUUGGGCUUAAUUGCAGGCUUGGCAGCAGGCUCAGGAGCUGGGGGAAAUGCAAGGAACAUGCCUGUUUACAGUGGUAACUCCCACAGGGUCAGACCGGUGUCAAAGCCAGACACAGCAGUCAUCCCAUCCGCUGGGGAAGAGAGGGUGAGAAUGCGCUAAUGAAUGUUUUUCCAUACAUGCUGCUAUGUUGCAUCUUAUAAUAGGGUUUUGGAGAAGACUGAAAUAUUCUAAAGAGUAUUCUAAACAAGGCAUCAAAUUAUUUUAAAGAUAUUAGACAUAGGUCUACAGGACGAAAAAAAAAAAUCAAAAAUAUUUUGAUGGGAUUUUGGUUUUGUUUGCUGUUCAGUACACAUGCUUAUUUUAUCAGAUAUUUUUUCAUAUUCAAAGCCAAAUGUUUUUUAAAGGUAAAUAUCAGAGAAAUCACAAGAAAAAAAGAAGGCUACAGGGUAGUCUCUUGGGAAAAGUCCUUAUCCCUUAAACAGUGUUAUAUUAUAUUAUUACAUUAUAUAUUAUAUUAUUAGUUUUGCAUAAGUGUUCCAAGGUUGCUAGAAAUGUGUAGAUUUGCAUACAAGCAACUUGUAUGAAUUAAAAAUAUAUUUUUUUACAACAAAACCUAAAUGUUCAAUGUGUAAAACUGCACUGUAUUAUGGCCUUCAGAUUUAAGGUAGCUAACCUUUUGUAGAAUUGGAUAGGAAACAGCACUGUUCUAGUUCUUUACCCCUGCGAUGUUUUGUUUUUGUUUCUUUCCCUUUUUUGUUUUAAUCUCAUGACAUGUUAAGAUGGCACUAAGGUCUAGCUUUACCUGAUGAACUGCAGUUCAACCCUAAUGGCUCAUUUGCCAUAUGCGCCAGGUCGUUGAAACCUGUAGGACUGAGUAAUUAGACCACGGUCACAUCACCAGCACUGAGCUCAGGAUGGAUCAUAACCUGAGAUUUCCCGAUAUCAGCCGAUGUCAUGCUAAUCAAACCAGCCUCCCUACACGUCAGGACGUUUUCAUUGCAGAGCAAAUGUUCUCCAAUGCUCUCUAAAUGGAGAUAAUAAUAUUCAGAUCAACAAAUGAUUGCUUACAAAUCAACAUGAAUCGGUAUCUGCUUUUCUGUUUGCUUUGUGCUAGGUUUUUUUUAUUUUUAUUAUUAUUAUUAUUAUUUUUAUUUCAGUGCAUUUAUCUGAAAAACCAACACUAGGUUAUUAGCCAGAAUCUAAAGGCCUGAAGAAUGCUGACCUAUCAAACUGAAGAAGCCCUUCUCAGUGACUGAUGGCCUGUGUGCAUUUUAUCCAUGGUUUGUAAAUAUGCCAGUACUUUUUGCAGUCUGUUUUUGUUUUUUUGUUUUUUUCUAUCAGUCUUCCUUGUACUGCAAAAAACAAUGGAAUGUACAGAUUUUUAUAUUAUAACUAAUAUUAUUGAAGUUAUUAUUAUUGUUGUAAUAAUUAUUGUACAUGCUAUUUUAUUUCUGUUUUUCAAUAAAAUAUG